AUGAGCGGAGGCAACAUCAAGGUCGUCGUGCGAUGUCGUCCUCUUAAUGCAAGAGAAAUCGCACGUGGGGCUGAGAGCCUUGUUCGCAUGGAGGGAAACCAGACGAUUAUUCGCAAACCACCUGGCAAAGAAGGCGAGGACAUCAAAGCUUUCACAUUCGACAAAUCCUAUUGGUCUGCUGACAAAAACGAUCCAACUUACGCCGAUCAAAAGGUGGUCUACAAUGAUCUUGGUGAAGACUUACUCAACCACGCGUUUGAUGGUUACAAUUGUUGUAUUUUUGCCUAUGGUCAAACUGGUUCAGGAAAAUCUUAUUCAAUGAUGGGUUAUGGUGAAGACAAGGGUAUUACCCCACUCACUUGUGUCGAACUCUUCAACCGAAUAGCAAGGAAUCCAAAUCCAAAUCUUACACAACAAGUAGAAGUCUCCUACAUCGAAAUCUACAACGAAAAGGUCCGCGAUUUACUAAAUCCAAGCAACACUGGAAAUCUCAAAGUGCGUGAACAUCCAAGCUUGGGUCCUUAUGUAGAAGAUCUUUCCAGACUCGUAGUCAAAUCAUACGAUGAUCUCAACCAUCUAAUGGACGAAGGAAACAAGGCAAGAACUGUUGCUGCAACAAACAUGAACGAAACCUCUUCACGUUCCCAUGCAGUCUUCACCAUUUUUCUUACACAGAAAUUACUUGACGAACUAACAAAACUCGAAACUGAGAAAGUAGCCAGAAUCAGGCAAAACUAUAUUAAUAAUAACAUCAUUUUAUUAUGUGUUUUGGUCGAUCUGGCAGGUAGUGAACGUGCCAAUAGUACAGGUGCAACUGGUACUCGUCUCAAAGAAGGUGCCAGUAUCAACAAGUCUCUCACAACUCUCGGUAAAGUCAUCGCUGGUCUUGCUGAGCAGGCCAUGCAAGAAGGCAAGAAAGGAAAAAACAAAAAAGAAGUCUUUAUUCCCUAUCGUGAUUCUAUCUUGACAUGGCUACUCAAAGAUUCACUUGGUGGUAACUCCAAAACUGCAAUGAUUGCCGCAAUUUCACCAGCAGAUUACGACGAAACCCUCAGUACUCUUCGAUACGCAGAUCAAGCCAAGAAGAUCAAGAACAAAGCUGUAGUCAAUGAAGAUCCAAACGCUAAACUGAUUCGUGAUCUCAAAGACGAACUCGAGGUUCUUCGAGACAGACUGCGCACCUAUGCACCAGAGGAAGUCGAGCAGCCAGGAACACCAGCGACCACUCGCUCUGGGUCAAAGGCAGGCGCAAAAGGAGCGGCCAAAGGUGGGCCAGCAGCAGCGGCAGCAGCAGCGGCGGCAGCGGCGUCGGCAGCAGCAGCGGCGUCGGCGUCACCAGCAUCGGGUACACAAAAGAAACCAACCGAGUUUGAGAUAUUGGACAGUCAGGGCAACCGGAAAAAGAUGACCAAGGAAGAAAUUGUCGAACAGCUCCAGAGCUCAGAAAAACUGCUUGCCAAUCUUAAUGAGACCUGGGAAGAAAAACUCAAGAAGACCGAAGAAAUACAGAUAGAGCGUGAAAAGGCUCUGGCUGAAUUCGGUAUCGCUGUCCACAAGAACAAUGUCGGUGUCUAUACGCCCAAGAAGAUCCCCCAUCUUGUCAACCUCAACGAAGACCCGCUCAUGUCAGAGUGCCUGAUGUACCAAAUCAAGCAAGGCAAGACCCGGGUCGGCCAGCACGGUAGUCAAGUCCAGGCCGACAUCAGACUGAGUGGCUCGAAUAUCCUCGAAGAGCAUUGCUGGUUCGAAAACGACGACGGGGUCGUUACUGUACACCCUAAUGGCGAGGCCAUGACAAUGGUUAACGGUGUCCGAAUCUCAGAAGCACGGCGGCUGAGAAGCGGGUACCGCAUCAUCCUGGGUGACUACCACAUCUUCCGUUUUAAUCACCCCGAAGAAGUCCGCCGAGAGCGAGAUCUGCAAAAGGUGGCCGCCGAAAAGUCCAUGAGCACAUCUGGCUCGGUCGAUGAGUUCGAUCGACCCGACUCGCCCACAGAGAGCAUGAUGAUGCCCAGUACCGAAGUCAUGGACUGGAACUACGCCCGCCGUGAAGCUGUUCUGAACUACUAUGCAACCGAAUCAAACUUUGGUGGCCUCAAGGACGAAGAACUCGAAAAGCUCUUUGACGACAUCACCCGUGUCCGCAACCUGCGCCGAAUCCGAUCCGAGAGCAGAAACGAAAACGACGACGAUGUUUCUUCUUCUCGUGGAUCCUUGCGCAACUCGAUUGCCGGCACCGUCAUUGAAGACGGUCUCGAGAGCGUCUGCACCGAAAACACAUUUGUCCAGACAGACAGAGAAGAGAAGCUCAAGCUCGAGAAAGAAAAGAUGCAAAAGGAACUCGACCACCAGAAGCGUCACUUUGAAGCCGAGAUCCAUCGCAUGUCUCGCCAGUUUUCUCAAAUGUCAGAACUGAAUCUCUGCGUCUACACAGAUGCUCAACUCGAACUGCUUCGCAGGGUUCUCGACCGAUGGAAGAAGCUACGGAAUGUGGCCAUGGCAGAAUCAGUACUGACCAACGCGGUUAUGUUGAAAGAAGCCAAUAUAAUUUCAAAGGAGCUCGGAAAAGAUGUGCUUUACCAGUUUGCUAUCAUUGAAGAUGGCCAGUUCUCCAAUCCACUUUCGGCCUGGGAGACCACGUCUGCAUUACAGCAAUUCGAAACAGACGAAGACACCACCCUGAUCUCUACACCCAAGCCAUGUAUUGGCGUACGUGUGAUCGACCGAAAGAACCAGGCUGUCUAUGUCUGGUCUCUCGAGAAACUCAAGAUGCGACUCCACAAGAUGCGAAACCUGUACAACGUUAUCGACAAACCUCUCUAUCGCUCCCACUUUAAUUUUGAAGAUCCAUUUUUCGAGAACCCUUGUCCAAAAUACACUUUCUUGGGAAGUGCAGCCAUCUCGAUGCGCAACCUAACCCUUCAGCAGACCUUUGAAAGCAACGUCGAUAUCAUCUGCCGCUCAACUGGCCAGGUGAAAGGAAAGUUGCGGAUCGCCGUGUCUUACAUCGCAUGUUCAGCCGCAAUUCGUGGUCCGGACGCAAGACAGCCCUUCUCAUCAUCAGAUGAGUCGGAUGAGUCCGAAAAGUCAACCACCAACAACACUAAUGCCAAUACGCUUAACCACAACAUCAUUCUCAGGGCAGGACACCAGCUCUUGUUUGAAGUUCGCCUUAUCGAGAUGACCGGCCUAAGCGAAUCAGAGUUUACAAAGGUGCAUGUCCAGUUCCGCCUCUCGUCGUUUGGCAGUAUCAUGGCACACUCGACCAACGAAAAGAUUUUUGCUACCGAGCCGAUUGGAGAGUUUGAAAAUGAGCCUAUCAGUUUGGACCACUCCGAGACCCUGUCGCUUCUUGUGACACGUAAAGUGCUCGAUGUCCUCUUGCACGGAAUGAUCCAGUUUGAAGUAUACGGUCUUGCACAGUCGCGUGUUCUUUCGCAGCAUGAGCGGUGGGAUGAUCAGCGAGAGAAGCCUCGCCUGGCAGAUUUGUUAGCAGCUAGUCAGCAGGUCCAGCAGCAGCACCACUUUAGAUCCAUCGGAAGUGAUCCCGCAAAUGCAAACUCGAAUGCCAAUGCCAACACGACUCCAACAAACCUAGAGAGACGUUCAGAAGAAGAGCUCUUGGCUGCCGAGCGCCACGAUAUCGUUGCCUGGAUCGAAGUUGGCGAACUGGCUUUAGACGGAGAAUACAAUCCAGUAAAUGUGACGGCGCAGAACAGUCUUGAUCGCGGAGUGUUCUUGCUUCGUCAGGGACUCCAGCGCAGAAUCUAUAUAACCUUGUCGCACACUUCUGGAAGACAGUUCGAGUGGAACCGAGUCACCACAGCGUCUAUUGGUCAGGUCCGUCUCCUGGACUCAAAAGGUCGCAUCGUCGACUCGCCCACACACGAAGACAUCCAGAUCCGCCUGCAGUCUCCACAGGAAGUGUCUUACAACAACGACGGCACAAGCAAACUCAGAGCUCUGGGUGCCUGGGACAGUUCGCAGCACGACUGCCUGUUCCUGAACCGGAUAACGGCUUCUGACAACCGCAUCCUCCUGAACCUCAAGUGGGAGGUCGAGGCCAAGAAGUGCGCCAAGCCAGUCCAGUUCAACAUGGACAUUGCUGUUCAGAUCCGUGCGCGCGAUGCGUCGACCAGCAAGUCGAUUCUGUACAAGCUUCUGGAUUCCAGCAAGCAGCUUUCCAAAUGCAGUGGCAUAUUCAUCGUCAAUCUGCGGCCACCCAUGACCCGCCGUCUGAGCCAGCUCUGGCGCCUGAACACGGCCGCAAAGUAUGUUCGCGGCGAAGAGUAUCUAGGUUCCUGGCGGCCGCGAGGUGUAUCGCUGGUGAAUGAUUACCGCCAGAUCCAGGAUCGUCUGUCCUGGAAGCACCAGGUUGAUUUCACAAGACAAGUUGUUGGCUUGAGAGCACUUUCACCCAAAUCCCCUAAUACCACCAGCCCAAGAGUAUCUGAUGACGGGUUUACGGAUGCGCAGGCAGCACUUGUUAGAAAAGUACUGGGUCUGUGGAAAUUGAAACUGGGUACAGAUAAAGAGAUUGUUAUCAGCCAAGAUCCACCUGUGCCUGGUAUGCAAGAAGGUCAAAGCCGAGAAGAUCUUCGUAGUACAUCAAAACUUCUAGCAGAAGUUAAGCUUGUAACUCAAACUGAUACCGUAUCCAAAAAAGGUUAUCUAUUUUGCCCAGAAGAUACAGUCACGGAUUCAUGGAUCAAGCGAUGGUUCGUGAUUCGAAGACCAUAUAUCUACAUUUAUACCAACCAAUCUGAGACAAACGAGCAGGGAAUCAUCAAUGUGUCUUCUGUGAGGAUUGAUUAUAACCGAGAAUUGGAGAGGAUGAUAAAGCGUACAAAUCUAUUUGCCUUGUAUACAAGCAACAAUGCCUACUUACUACAGGCCACUACACGUGCUGAGAUGAUUGAUUGGAUUGGAAAAAUUGACCAAAAGUUUCCCAUCGAAAAGUUGAAGAACGAAGAUGACAGCGAAUACUAA